CCCACCCACCUCCCGGAAGAGAAGAAGAGAGUAAAUGUGUUUGUAUCUUAAACAACAAUAAUCCUAUACUUGAACGCGACAAUAAAGAAGAAGACAACCGCGUACAAACAUAUUUUAACCGGAUACGUCGAUCUCCCUUUAUAUAUAUUUUUUUUGUUUGUGUUCUCUUUCCUACCUUCAUUUUAUAUAUAUUUUUUAUUUUAUUCUUUCGAGAGAGAGAGAGAGAGAGCCUCGAGGAGUGGGCACUUUUAUUUUUAGCAGUUCGCCGGUUCUCUCUCAAGCAUCGUCGCAAAAACCGGUUCCUCUCGGGCACCACUGCUAUCCGAGAAAGCACGAGGAACUGCAAGAGAGAGAGAAAGAGAGAGAGAAAGAAAGAGAGAUACGAGUCCAGUAUACUUCAAGAGUCUAAAGAGAAAGAAAAAGAGAGAGAGAGAGAGAGAGAACGUGGAAUUUGCUCGUGUCCCAAUACACAUAGUCGCCAACAUCGUUUUCACGUUGCUCCCUGCGAAUAUAUAUAUAUAAAUAUAUAUGCACAUGCUUGUGCGACUAUCAGUCUUUCUCUCUUUGUAAUUUCUAUUAUCACUUAUCAAUCGUUUCUCUCUCUCUCUGUGUUGCAUACACACAUGCGCGCAUAUAUUUCUAAUCUCCUACCUUAUAUCGAUCGCUUAUAAACAUGACGGAUUUAUAAUCUACCAUGUUAUGUCUAUGUAGACGUACAAUUAAUAUUUUGAUUAUUUAAAAUAAGAAAUAAAUAAAAGAGAGAGAGAAAGAGAGAGAGAAAGAGAGAAAGAAAGAGAGAGAUCGGAUAAAAGAAAAAAGGAUGAUAUGAAGAAUGGCAACCGAUUCGAGCAACAACGAAAACAACAAUCGUCAUCAAGGGGUCAGAGCUGUCGCCACGACGACAACCGAUCCAAGACGUAGCGAAAAACGUGCCGUGGCUGCUCGAGGUGCUGCUGGAGCACUUGCUCUCAGUGUAUUGGCUGUCGUACUCCAAUCAGCUGCCACUGCCACCCCCCAUUGGGGAUAUUUCAACAACCCGGACGCUGGUUCAGCUGCUGAGAGUGGUUAUUUUGGACCUUGGAGACAAUGCAAGAUUCUUUUAUAUCAACGAGAAAGAUGUGGCCAAGGUGUAUCAAGGUUUCAACCAGUCUUGGCUGUGUGGGUAGCUGGAUUGGCUGCUGCUGCUGCCUCCACGUUACUCGCAUUAUUGGUUGGCCUUGCCGUACUUCAACUUGCCAUGGCCUCAUCAGCGAAGAAGGUUGUCAUUUCGUAUAGCACUGCCCUUAUCGGCAAGGUCGCCUUAGCAACCUUGGCAACAUCAUUGGCAAUCGUAGCUGCGAGUUUAUUUGCAUUGCAAACGGAUGACACAGCAAACAGUUUUGUUAUUACGAGAGGAGAGGCUUUUUAUAUGCAGUUAGCUGCCAUCGCCUUGAACUUUGGCGUACUCGUCUCUGCCGUUUACGAGGGAAUUUAUGCCAGAAGGGGUGGCGACCCUACAAAGAUAAGGACCAUCCCUGAUCCUAGGGCAGCUACCAUAAAUAAUCCAGGAUAUCGAGAACACCAUCGACCGACAAAUGGUGGAAGUAUUUCAAUGACGGAUGCAAGUGGUAAACCAUAUGUAGGUGAUGCCGGAAAUGGUUCGAUGGCAUCCGUCGCAACGUCAGGAAGCGCAACUAGUGCUGCAUCUCCUUUGAGAAGUUCAUUGAAGAAACCAAAACCUCUUGGAAUUCACAAUCCAGGAUUUUCAGCGCAUAGUCCGACAUUGUCGAGGAAUGGCUCGCAAAAAAAGGUUCGUAUUCAAACGCAUUCAACGGAAGUUUAAAGAGAGAGAGAGAGAGAAGAACGCACGUCAUUUAGUUUUCUUCUUGACGAGAACAAAAUAAUUCGUCCGUGAAAAAGAAAAAAAUGAAGUAAAA